UUAGUUACAUCCCAUCAGCCCCUCCUUUCCUUCCCAUUGAGCUGGGGACAAACCAUGCACAGGAGGAGGAUCAACACUCCUAACUCACUACAGCAACACCCAGUAAGUUUGCACCUUGCCACUGCUUGCUCUGGCUAGUGGCAUUCGUCCUGCCUCAAGUGAUUUAUCUGGUGUCACGUUUGCUUCUCUCCGCCCCUGGGUCUGUGAGCAUCUGUUCUGUGAGGGUUGGAGACAGCAGACCACAGGACUGGACCCCUGGAUGUGUCAGCCUCUGAUUCCUGCAGGAGGAGGGAAGAGAUCAAAGUGCACUGUGCUGGUGCUAUAAGAUCAACAUGGAGUGAAUGCUGCAGCACCUACAACUCUCACAACCCCAAUGGCUGCUGGAUUUCUCUUAGUUUGAGAGAGCAAGAAGGAAGGGGGAUCUAGGUUCCCCUGGUCAGUGUCCUCUCUAAAUCUUUGUGUCUCAGGAAUAAGUAACUUAUGCAAGGAACUUGGCACAGACACAGGUAUAAUGGGGUGUAUUAAAAGCAAAGAAGACAAAGGACCUUCUAUAAAAUACAGACCUGAGGCCAAACCUGACCCUUUGAGUUCCAACCCCAGCCAAUAUGGAAAUGACCCAACACAAGCCACACAGUCACCUGCAGCUAAAGGAACAUCAACUAAUUUUAACAGUCAUUCGAUGACUCCUUUUGGAGGCUCAUCAGGGAUGACACCUUUUGGGGGAGCUUCAUCUUUAUUUUCACCUGUGCCUGUACCAUACCCAGGAGUCAUAACAGGUGGUGUUACUGUUUUUGUGGCCUUAUAUGAUUAUGAAGCUAGAACUACAGAAGAUCUUUCAUUUAGAAAAGGUGAACGGUUCCAGAUAAUAAAUAACACGGAAGGAGACUGGUGGGAAGCAAGAUCUAUAGCCACUGGGAAAACUGGCUACAUACCUAGUAAUUAUGUCGCUCCUGCAGACUCCAUACAGGCUGAAGAAUGGUAUUUCGGGAAAAUGGGAAGGAAAGAUGCAGAAAGGCUACUUCUAAACCCAGGGAAUCAACGAGGCACAUUUUUAGUAAGAGAAAGUGAAACCACUAAAGGCGCAUAUUCCCUUUCUAUCCGGGACUGGGAUGAAGUAAGAGGCGAUAAUGUGAAACACUACAAGAUUAGAAAACUUGACAAUGGAGGAUACUACAUCACUACAAGAGCACAGUUUGAAUCACUACAGAAACUUGUUAAACACUAUUCAGAACAUUCCGAUGGUUUAUGCUAUAGAUUAACAACCGUGUGUCCCACUGUAAAACCACAAACACAAGGAUUAGCAAAGGACGCUUGGGAGAUACCUCGAGAUUCUUUGCGACUUGAAGUCAAGUUGGGUCAAGGUUGCUUUGGUGAAGUAUGGAUGGGUACUUGGAAUGGAACAACAAAAGUUGCUAUUAAAACACUAAAGCCUGGAACAAUGAUGCCUGAAGCCUUCUUGCAAGAGGCCCAAAUUAUGAAGAAACUUAGGCACGAUAAAUUAGUGCCCCUGUAUGCUGUUGUUUCUGAAGAGCCAAUCUAUAUUGUUACUGAAUUUAUGACAAAAGGGAGCCUGCUCGAUUUCCUUAAAGAAGGAGAAGGAAAAUAUUUAAAGCUGCCACAACUUGUUGACAUGGCGGCACAGAUCGCAGAUGGUAUGGCUUAUAUUGAGAGAAUGAACUAUAUUCACAGAGACCUCAGGGCUGCUAACAUCCUUGUAGGAGAAAACCUAGUAUGUAAAAUUGCUGACUUUGGCUUGGCAAGAUUGAUAGAGGACAAUGAAUAUACAGCAAGGCAAGGAGCCAAAUUUCCAAUCAAAUGGACUGCUCCUGAGGCAGCUCUAUAUGGUCGAUUCACCAUAAAAUCUGAUGUUUGGUCAUUUGGAAUUCUUUUAACAGAGCUGGUCACCAAAGGAAGAGUGCCAUAUCCAGGGAUGGUAAAUCGUGAAGUUCUAGAACAAGUGGAGCGUGGGUAUAGAAUGCCGUGCCCACAGGGUUGUCCAGAAUCCUUGCAUGAAUUAAUGAAACUUUGCUGGAAGAAGGACCCUGAUGAAAGGCCAACGUUUGAAUAUAUUCAGUCAUUUUUAGAAGACUACUUUACAGCAACAGAACCACAGUACCAACCUGGGGAUAAUCUAUAAGAAAACCAUUUCAGUGAAAUGCACAAGCUGCCAAAAGUUAAGACUUGCAGAAGACAUACCUGUUUGGAAGGAAAAAGUGCUCACCACUCUGCAUGCGUAUUGACAAACUGGAAAUCCAGACUAUAGUUGCACAGAACCACUUUUAAAGUAUUGUAACCCAAUGGACAAAUAAUGUGAUUCAUUUCAGCCACAUAGAGCUCUUUAUUUUCAAGCAGACAUUAUCUAAGAGUUAAUUUUAAAUAUAUGACUAAACAGUUUGAAAUUAGAAAAUACGAUUGCAGUGGGACCAAAAAUACCAUUCCUGUUCCAUAAAUCCUUCUUUUUUUUUAUGUUUGUUUUAGAAUAUGACCUUAGAAAUGUUUCUAUAAAUCACAGUACUGGAGGUCAUGUGACAUUAAAAAUAAAUCACUUUAUUAUUUAAAUAUGUAGGGGUUAUUACCAGGGUAAUGAAUGGACACCAUUUUCAUAAUGAAUAUGGAUGGAAAAUAUUUGAAUUUGUUUAACAAUUCUGCAAAAAGAGUGGCUACUUUUUCUAUAAGUUUGAGUUCUAUUUUUGAAGCCUCAACCUGGAACAAAAGAGCAACUUUUUUUUAAUAUAUAUAUAUGUUGACUUUUUUGUUUUGCUGGUGAUAUAACAGCCUGUGAUUACUGUUCAAGACAACAUAAAUUAUGUACAAUCAUGGCGCUAUAAAAUAUGCUGAUGGUUGCCACUAGUUCAGGGACUUGAAUGAUAGCACUUUGGUUUAUCUUUAAUCAAAAAGGUUGCAUAUUAUUGGUGGUUAGUGGAAGUUAAAAUGUGAAUGCUUUUUAAGAUUAUACUCCCAGAAAUUAAAUCAAAUGUUAUAGAAUAAGGUCUUUAGCUCUUUGCUUACUGACCACAUUUUUCAUACACCAUUUUUACAGUAGGACAAUAUCUGGCAAUAAACUAACAUUUUUUGGAGAUUUUUUUGUUACUAAUAUACUUAUCUGAAAAUAAAAAAUAUUGAAUUUUAACUUGUAUAUUACUUGCCACAAAUAUAUUGUUGAUUUAUAUCAGACAUUUUACAUUUCAAUUUCAGAGCAUUCUUGUGUUACACUACAUUUUUAAGGUCCCUUUUAUUAAAUGAGUUUUAUUGUUUUAUUAUCAGAGCUAUCAGUCUGUGGAACUGCUUAUGCUGUUUAAACAGACACGUGUUUGUUUUUUUAAAAAAGGGCUUUAUAUGAACACAAUGGAAUUGUAUCUUUUUUUAUAAACAUUUUGAAAUCAAUGGAACUCAAAACCUGUGUAAUGAAUACCAGAAAACACAGUUUUAACAUAAACAUGUAUUACAGCAAAUAUCUAUAAUAUUUGUAUAGUAAAGAAUGAAACAUUGAGCGGAUUUAUUUUAAUUGAUUGUGUGAAUACACAUAUAUAAUGAAAGUGGGAGUUUGUAGCGCAUCCAUUAACACAAUUUUAUGAUGAUGAAAUUACCUGUUAAAGCAACAGGCAAUCAGUAUAUAAAAUAAAAGAUUUUUGUUUGUUUUUUUAACAA